GUCUCGACCGCGACAUGGUAUGAAGCUGAUUUCUGAGUGGUAUCCUGAACGCAGACUGUUGAAGCUUCCUCGCCUCAUGAUUAUCGGCUCUUAGUUCUGCACAGUGCAAGUCUGCAAUCUGUCCAGAGUGAGCGAAUCCUUAAAAAUACAAAUGCAGGAGAAGAGACUGGACAACAUGCGUGCAGAGGAGUUCAAACUGAAGGACGAGGAGCAAGUAGUUCCGCACAUGGCCAAAGUUUUCUUAUGUGGAUAUGAGAAGGUGGGCAAAACCACACUGAGAAGAUCGAUGGAGAGAAACCUUCUGAAGUCCUUGAUCAAGUGGGAACGCAGGCCUCGGUUUCAUGAGGAGCCACGCACCCGAGGAAUAGAGUUGUCUGAGGUUUCUGGUGAAGCUGGAACCCCGGAAGAAGAGCUGACACUUAUUCUGUGGGAGUUAGCUGGCCAGCAAGAGUUCCAUGUGAUGCACGGGGCCUUCCUUCCAGACCUCGGACUGGCAUCCGGCAGGGCUACAACUUUCGUGCUGGUCUUUCGUGCUGAUUCGGUAAAGCCGCCAGAAGCUGCAAAGAGUGAACGUGAGCUGCGCUACUGGCUCAGAUUCAUCGCGGCCGGGUCUGUGAAGGGUCUCAAGCGCCACUUGGUCUUAGCUCUGAACUGCAUAGAUUCUCGAAUCCAUGGCGGUGUUGAAGCUGAAGAUUUCAACCGUCAGAAGACUUUCUGGGGCAGUCUUCUGAAAGAUGUAGGCAAAGCGUUCUCUGAUUCGCUCGACAUCCACUCGGAGCCUAUUGUAGUCGAUGCAAGAUCGAGAAGGUCUGUCCAGAAGCUGAAGCAGCACCUGCUAUCCAAAGUCGAAAAUGCUCUCAAAGAUGUCAAGAUACCCAAACUAUGCUUGGAAAUUCAUGAGUUUCUGCUCGACUGGAAGAGUAAGCAUAGCAACUUCCCGGUCCUCAACUGGACAUUGUUUAGCCAGAUGAUGGAGGAACGAGGUAUCACAGCCGACAAAUUAGACGCAGCCACUGCUCACUUGCAAGAGACAGGGUGCAUCCUCUACUACAGGAAUUCUCCGGUUGGGAUGGAGACCGAUAGAUUUGUCGUUGCAGAUCCGGAAUGGUUCGGCAGGAAAGUCAUCGGCGAAAUCCUCCUACCUGAGCAAAUGCCAGCAGCUAAGCAUUCGUCUCUAUCCCAAAUCGUGGGAGACGACGGAUCUCUCAAACGCUCUAUGCUCGCCGGCCACUUCCAAGCUCUCAACAAGGACAGCGCGAACACCGAUGAACUGAUUGACAUGCUCGCCAAGCUGGGGUUGUGCUACGAUGUGGGAAAGGAGAGAGUUUUCAUCCCGGCUCUGAUCCGAGAGGACAAUCUGAGCAAGUGGGAGAGGAAGGGAGUGCACUGGGUCAUGGGGCGAUCUCUCCAGCCCAGAGAGGAGGACAAGGGAUUCAUUCCCUCGUCCGUGUUCAGGAAGCUGCAAGUCCUUCUGGCUCAACACGAGAAAUUCGGGCUCCCACGUGACAGCGACUACUGCGCCGGCAAGACGUUCUCGUUCUUCAUGGUCGGAACUCAGAUGGUUCUCGUGCAGUUCGAUGUCGAUGAAUCCCACCCAGGGGACGAUCGGAUCGAUGUGCUCGUCAAGCGCAUGGUCAAGCAGGUCGAUGUCGUCAAUGGGUUCGAAGUCGAGGACCACUCAUACCACACGGACCUCGAACUUGUUCUCAAGAUUAUGGAACUGGUCGAGGGCCUGUGCCACCAGACCUGCCCCAGCCUGGAACUGGAACGGAAGGCCAUCGGGCCCUGGCGUGCCGACAGUGCAACAGUCCCCAUGGCCGACAGGAAGCUGAUCCCUGUGGACGAGCUGAAGAUGCGCGUUGGCAAGCAUGGGCUGCACAGUUCCACCACCAUGAGGGUCGGAACAGUUGUAGUGCAAAAUGGUCAGCUAUUGUCCGCGUCCGAGCUCGAGACCAUCAACUCUAAUGUGAACCAGAGCCUUCUGAUUGCCCAGUCCGACAUGCCCCCGAGCUCGCUGCCGAUGGCAGAUGAGACGGAAGAGGCCGUCAAGCAGGACGAGACUCAGGGCGAUGCGGAACGGAUCAUUUCCGUGGUUACGGAGGAGCACCACCGAAUCGGACCAUGAUUUGACAUUCAUAUCAUGUUCUGAUUUUUAGAUAAUCAAUAUUAUAGAUAUUUUAAUGAAAAAAAUUUUCAUUGAUGAGUGUUUAGGUUAAUUUCGAUUAAAGAUUAACCUUAUAUUUAGCUAUUCAUAGUUGACAUUGGUAGCAUGUGAUGGGUAUAUAUAUAUCCUGAUGCUUUUGCGG